GAUAGCUGAUAGCUCGAUUCGAAUUCGAGAUUUCGAGAACCUGAAUCAGCAAAUAGCAAAAGUUUUGCUUUGUAAUCGUCAACAUUUUCACUUUCUACCCGAAUAAUUUUGGUUUAUUUGUUUGGGAUCUUUGCUAAUUUGUUUGUAUUUUCUUAAUCACAUCCAACCAUGGUUCGUGAGAGUACUAUGAUAUGUGUGGAUAACAGCGACUACAUGCGUAAUGGCGACUUCAUUCCAACUCGAUUGCAGGCGCAACAGGAUGCCGUCAACCUCGUUUGCCAUUCAAAGACUAGAGCUAAUGCUGAGAACAAUGUUGGACUUCUCACACUAGCCAAUGUGGAAGUUUUGGCUACGCUGACUUCAGAUGUGGGUCGAAUUCUGUCCAAGUUGCAUAAGGUUCAGGCAAAUGGCAACAUUAAUCUGCUCACUGGAAUCAGAAUUGCCCAUUUGGCUCUAAAGCACAGGCAGAGCAAGGAGCAUAAGAUGCGUAUCGUGCUGUUUGUUGGAAGUCCCAUCGAGGCCGAAGAGAAAGAGCUGACCAAGCUGGCCAAACGCCUCAAAAAGGAGAAGGUCAACGUUGACAUUGUCAGCUUCGGUGAAGAGGUCACUGGGUCUUCAACUGUCGUUGAAAAGGUAUCACUUUGUAUCAAUGAUGUGCUGGCAACUUUUAUCAGCACUCUGAACGGCAAGGAUGGCGCAGGCAGUCAUCUGGUGACUGUUCCCCCUGGUCCACAUCUCUCUGACGCUCUCAUUUCAUCUCCCGUCAUUCAGGGAGAAGAUGGUAUGGGCGGAGCAGGAUUGGGAACUGCAGGUUUCGAAUUCGGCGUCGAUCCCAAUGAAGAUCCUGAGCUCGCUCUGGCUUUGCGAGUUUCAAUGGAGGAGCAGCGUCAAAGACAAGAACAAGAAGCUAGGAGAGCCAAUCCUACCGAGAAGGAUACUGCUAGACCGGAAACUAUCAAAGAAGCACCCAGUGAGGAGGUGAUGCUGGAACGAGCACUGGCGAUGUCGAUGGAGGGGCAGGAGGAGACCGGCCCCACUGUCACUGCUGCCGCCUCCGCCGCCUCAGCAGCCGCCUCUGCCGCCCCCGACUUUGCCCACAUGACCGAGGAGGAGCAGAUUGCCUUCGCCAUGCAGAUGUCUAUGCAGGACUCCCUGUGUAUGGUUUGUUUGGCAGCACCCAGUGAGGAGGUGAUGCUGGAACGAGCACUGGCGAUGUCGAUGGAGGGGCAGGAGGAGACCGGCCCCACUGUCACUGCUGCCGCCUCCGCCGCCUCAGCAGCCGCCUCUGCCGCCCCCGACUUUGCCCACAUGACCGAGGAGGAGCAGAUUGCCUUCGCCAUGCAGAUGUCUAUGCAGGACUCCCAGGAAGCAUCUGGCAGCAGUAGCUCUAAGGGGGGAGCUGAUGCGAAGAAAGAGCGACAGGAGACACCGAUGGAGGUGGAGGACUACCGCGAGGUGAUGAAUGACCCGGCCUUCCUGCAGAGUGUGCUGGAGAACCUGCCCGGAGUCGACCCGCAGUCGGAGGCCGUGCGUCAGGCGGUCACCUCCCUCUCCAAGGACAAGGACAAGGAUAAGAAGGCGCCCGCCAAGGACCACGACAAGAAGUAGAUUAGCUGUGGUUGGAGCAUUAUUAUUCACUAAAUCCUAUUGUAUUGGAAUAUUAAGAAAGGAGUAGUUCAUGUCAAUCACUUAUUACUUGGCUUAAUGAAUUCUCUGUAUACAUUUUGUUCACUAACCUAAAGUUUAUUCCAAUGUCAAAUUGCUUAAUAAAAUAUUAUACCGUACUCUUGAUUAUUUUCAUAAUUUAUUUGUAAAAAUAAAUUCUGCAUUUACUGCAAGUA